GCGUUGUUUUGCACAUUUUUGUGUGCCUUCCUUUUGGUUUCAUGGCGUGCAAUGUCUCAAGAAGUUGAGGAUCAGAAGGAGUUUGAUUAUAAUGAAGAGGGAAAGAGAGGGCCUUCCCAUUGGGGAGAUCUUAAGAGAGAGUGGCAUAGCUGCAAGGCUGGGCUAAUGCAAUCUCCCAUUGAUCUAUUGCACGAGCGAGUUCGAAUUGUACCCCAUUUUACGAACCUCAAGACCGAGUAUAAGCCUUCUAAUGCAACUCUUAAGAACCGAGGCCAUGAUAUUAUGUUGAAAUGGGGUGAAGGGGCUGGCUAUAUGGAAGUUAAUGGAACUCGCUACUUUCUUAAGCAAUUCCAUUGGCAUUCGCCCUCUGAGCAUACAAUCAAUGGCAGAAGAUUUGCUUUAGAAGCCCAUUUGGUGCACCAAAGCCCAACAGGAAGUGUUGCUGUCAUUGGUGUUCUCUACAAAAUUGGACGACCUGACUAUUUCUUGUCCAAGGUAAAUGUUCAAAUAUCAAUUUUUGAAGAUGAGACUGAUUAA